AUGGAUGGACAACGAUGUCCGCAUCAUAUUACGAAAUGGCGAAGAGCAUGCAAAAUCUUGGAUUUGUUCUGCUGUCCACCGUGUCUACCUUGUAUGAUCAACAAGAUAGCGUUUCAUCCACCGGAGCCAGCGUACUACAAAUCCGUUCCGAUCGAGCCUAGGGCAUCUCACGCUCUCCCAGAGGGCCGGAGCAGGCAAAUGCGAAUGGUCCUCGAAGAUUCUACGCACACCGAGGUUCCAGAAACACACUUGUACGUCGAUAUGAAAAUCGGUCUGUGCAGGACACGACGCAUUGCUGUCACGUACUGGAAUCUCCCGCAACCAUCCGAACUCAUCAUACUGCACAGUCACGUGAACGCAGCAGAUCUCGGGGGUAUUUACGAUUACAUGGUCUACCUUCGGACCAGACUACGGUGUGAAAUAGUUUCGUACGACUACUGCGGUUACGGCUCCAGCAGUGGGUCCGCCUCGGAAUCCAAUAUGCUCAAAGCUUGCGCUGAAGUCUUGCGGUAUAUAACGGAAACGUUGAAGAGGCCGAUCAGCCGAGUCGUCCUCUACGGCCAGAGCAUCGGUUCCGUCCCAACAGCCUAUUUGGCGUCGAUUCACAAGGUGGCUGGGGUCAUUUUCCAUUCGGGCUUGUACUCAGGUGUACGUCUGAUAUGCCGAGAAAGACAGGAGAAAUGUUUGUCCAGCUGUGUUGACCCUUUUCGAAACGUCGACCAUAUCACAAAGAUCAAAUCCCCCGUGCUAUUCAUCCACGGUUCGGAAGACCUCGUCAUCCCCAUGUCACACGCCGUCGACCUGUCGCGGUUGUGUGAGACCGCUGUAGAGCCGCUCUGGAUCCACGGUGGAGGUCAUACGGGACUGGAAUUGAAACCGAGUUUCAUAGGGAAGCUGCGAGCUUUCCUUGAGUUCGUCGAGAGACAAGGAACUACGCGUGGUCCGCAUUCGCGCGGAGGGAAACCGCUCGGAUCCGUCCGGCUACUGCGAUCGGCAGACAAAGCUGUCGAUGUUUUGUAA